UGAGCGCCUCGGCUGUCCCGUUUCCUGGCGUGCCUCACGAAAGCAGAACACGAAAGUGCUUUUUUAAAAAAGUCAGAAGAUGAUUAAUGGAUUUAUAUUCCUCACUGCAAUAUGUGUAGCAGCUGGUUUCAACAUUUUCACCAAACCGGAGAAGCAUUUUGAAAAGAAAAAUGAAAACCUAUUUGGACAAACUAUCAUUCAGUCCAAGCAUGGGAUCUUGGCUCCCUCCCCUCAGUCAGCAACACAAAAUUUGUAUCAUUGUACAAAAGAAAGAUGCACUAAAGUGAACAUCGAAGCCAAUGUCAUUAAAGGCCUCAAACCUGUUGUGUCAGCAGCUAAAAGUUUGGAUGGACAAAAGCACAUGGUAUGUCAACAGGUCCGGAAACGUAAAGCCAUUAACGAGGAUCUAAAUGGACUCUGUACCGUUCUCCGUGAACUGCAGAGGGAAAGUGACAUCGACCCUGCAUCACUAGUUGUUGAACAAAUGAAAAAGAACGUUACAAGCAACAGCAACCAUAACAACAACAACAACAACAACGGCAGUAAAGACAGUCCUAAAGAGGAGCCCAUUACACCUGACUCAGAUGCUGGGACAGAGAUUGCCUUUGUUCUGGAUGGCUCUGGGAGUAUUGAGCCUGAAGACUUUGAGAGAGCAAAAAGUUUUAUGUCUAACAUGAUGAAAAAUGUUUGGAAAACCUGUUUCAAUUGUGACUUUGCAAUCGUACAGUAUGGGGAAGAUAUAAGAACAGAACUUUCCCUAAUGGAAAACGACGAUGCAGCAAAGGUCCUUGAAAAGGUGAAAAACAUACAGCAGAUUGGCUCUUUCACAAAAACAGCUUCAGCCAUCAACCAUGUGCUUGAGCAUGUUUUUGUUCCUGAGUACGGUUCAAAAGAGAUCUCUAAGAAGAUAAUCAUAGUGAUGACCGACGGACGCAUACUGUUUGACCCAAUGGACCUCACAGAUGUUUUGAACUUUCCAAAAAUGAAAGACAUUCUCCGCUUUGCUGUAGGGAUUGGGGAUGUUAUAAGUGACAUCAGAGGAGUAACAGAACUGAAGGAAAUCGCCUCUGACCCAGAUGACGAGCACUUAUUUUUGGUCAAUAGCUAUACUGCUUUGGACAGCAUACUAUUGCAGAUGACGAAGCGCCUAACUGGAAUUGAAGAUCAGUCUCUUCUUCAACAGAGAGGACAGAGCAUUGAAAACUACAACAAAAAUAACAACAACAAUAACAAAGAUGACAAUGCAGAUGAGGAUGAUGAAGAUGCUGGGACAGAGAUUGCCUUCGUUCUGGAUGGCUCUGGCAGUAUUGAUGCUAAAGACUUUGAGCGAGCAAAACAGUUUAUGUCUACUGUGAUGAGAAAUGUCUGGAAUGCGUGUUUAAGUUGUGAUUUUGCGAUCGUACAGUAUGGGGAAGAUAUAAGAACAGAACUUUCCCUAAAGGAAAAUGAUAAUGCACCAAAAGCGCUUGAAAAGGUGAAAAACAUACAGCAGAUUGGCUCUUUCACAAAAACAGCUUCAGCCAUCAACCAUGUGCUUGAGCAUGUUUUUGUUGCUGAGAAUGGGUCAAAAGAGAACUCCAAGAAGCUAGUAAUAGUGAUAACUGAUGGACGAAUACUUUUUGACCCACUGAACCUCACAGAUGUUUUGAAUUUGCCAAAAAUGAAGAAUAUUCUUCGUUUUGCUAUUGGGGUUGGAGAUGUUUUAAAUGACACCAAAGGAAUAGCUGAACUGGAGGAAAUUGCCUCUGACCCAGAUGACAAGCACUUAUUUAUGGUCAAUAACUAUGCAGCUUUGGAUAGCAUAUUGUCAUUGAUGGAAAGGACCAUAACUGGAAUUGAAGGUAUCCAGCAGGGGGCAGCAUUCAUCUUUGAACUUGCCGAAGCUGGGUUCAGCAUUGAUUUUGCACAUGAUGGAACUCUUCUUUUUGGUGCAGUCGGGGCAUACGACUGGAGCGGAGGGUUGAUCCUGAAACACCCUGGAGAUGGGGGCAUAACAUUUCUCAAUGACUCUUCCGCAGAGCCAAGAUUUUCCUACUUAGGCUACAGUGUGGUAUCUGUCAAGGGAUCUCAGGGGAGCCUGUUUGUGUCUGGGGCUCCUCGGUAUAACCUCACUGGCGCCAUCCUUGUCUUCAACAGCAGCUCACACAAGCUGAUACAGAGGCUACCUGGAGACCAGGUGGGCUCUUACUUUGGAUCAGAACUAUGUGCGCUGGACACUGACAUGGAUGAAGACACAGACCACCUGUUGGUCGGAGCGCCAUUUUUCCAUCGGAGGGGAGAGGAGGGCAGAGUGUAUGUGUACAAGCUGGACAAGGGACAGUUCCGCAAGGAGAAGUUUGAGUUGUGGGGCGUGGAGGAGCACACCUUUGCCAGGUUUGGAUCCGCCAUUGCAAGUAUCGGAGACAUCGAUGGGGACAGGUUCAGUGACGUGGCAGUGGGGGCUCCGCUGGAAGGAGAGGAGAGAGCUGUUUCUUCCGGAUGUGUCUACAUCUAUAACGGAUACGAGGGGGGUAUCAGGCCUCGCUUUUCACAGAGGAUUUCAGCCGCAGACUUGAAGCUGAAGCUUCGUUACUUCGGCCGAGCAGUCAGCAGGAUGCUUGAUCCGGGGGACAACAGAAAACAGACAACAGAGUUCAUCAGUGUGGGGAGUGAGGGGGGCAUCACUGUUCUGCGAACUCUUCCUGUCAUUGUCUUCAAACCAAAAAUGAAUCUGGACCCUAAAGUCCUUCCCCAGUUUCAUAACCUUGGAGGAAACACAUUUAACAAGCCAAUCAACUUAAAAAUCUGCUUCGAAGCAAUGAGAGGUCACAUUGAUAGUGGUCAACUUCCUAUUUCAUAUGAAGUGAAUCUAGAUGUUUCUCAAAUGACAAAGCGCCUGUCCUUUGGUAACAGUGAGUCAAAGAAAGAUACCUUUAACUUCUCUCCAGAUCGGGACUGCCUUAGCCUCAUCAGCUUGAAAUUUAUGGGUUGCUAUGACUGCUUCUCCCCCAUUGAAAUCAGACUGAAGUUCACCCUCCCUCAUGACCCGUCUGCUGGUGCCCCUGUCAGAGUGCUAGAUCAGUUUAGCCCGACAGAACACACCGUUAUGCUUCCAUUUCAGAGGGAUUGUGACUCGUGUAUUGCAGACAUAUCCUUGUCUGAUUCAGGGCUGAGCAAGGACAUGAUUGUAGUCGGGCGCACUGAGGAUUUGAAUAUAACUUUCAAUCUAACGAACAAAGGGGAUAUCUCCUACAUGACAACGCUGCUGUUGACAUAUCCCAGCAUCCUCAAUUUUAACGUGGUCUCAAAGAAAGCUGAGAAUAUAGCCUGUAAGAAUGAAGGGGGAGACAUGGACUCAAGGAUAAAGUGUAACAUCUCUCAUCCGGUCCUGAGGAAACACGCACAGACAAUUUUCUCCAUCUCCUGGAGUCUUUCAACCAAGAAACCUGAGACGAGAACUCCUUCAAUGCGAGCAGUGCUGACAUGUGAAAAUAAUGGCACUCAAGUCUUGGACAAUCGGACCUAUUCUUUCGCAGUAAAAAGUGCCCUAAAUGUCCAGAUUUUGGGAAAGGCUAUCCCUCCAUUACUGUCUGUUAUAAGUGGAGAAGAAAAUGUGGAGAAAGACCUUCAGUUUGAAUUUGAGGUACAUGGUGAGAACAAAUACAAUGCCACAAUUACGGUGACAAUAAACAUUACAGUGAAAGGACGUUCAAAGCUCAACAUUAAUAAAGUAUCUUCCAGACAGGGAAGGAAUGAAUGCUCUAAACAAAAGACUGAUAACUCAUAUUUCUGUCACGUGAAUGCGUUAUCUGACACUGUCCACGUUGAAGCCAAAGUCGUGAUAAAAGAUUCUGAGGUGGCUGCUGAGAAGAUACUGGCUUCUGCUACUCUCUCCUAUGAUCAGGAUCAAUUCGAGGCAAUGGGGAAAAAAGACCAUCAUGACGAGGUGGAGGUGCAUUUUGUUAGGCAAGAAGUCGUCAAAUCAACUGCAACCAUAAUAGGAGGCUCCAUAGGUGGCUUCCUGCUCCUGGCCAUUAUCAUCGCCAUCCUAGUUAAGUGUGGAUUUUUCAAGAGCCGUUAUUCAGAGAUACAUGCAGAGAAUUGA